GAUAGCCCCGGCAUCCGAUGAGAACAAACGGCCGGCCGUCUCUAUCGGGUUGCUUGCCUCGAGCUUGAGCGUUGGAUCUGUGCUCUGUGAAGACUGCCGUCAGGGAGUCGAAGUCGAGGCUUUGCAGGGGAGAUGAGGAGGCUGCUUGCUCAUGGCCAGUUCGGUUGCCCUUCCAGGGGUUUGGUGGAGGGAAGAUCCUCUGCCCUCCCUGCACUCUGCAACAGUGUUCUUCCCCACUACAGAUACUAUUCAGCCGAGAAGCAUGAACAUUUUGAAAGAGUAGGUGAGAUCGGAGAAAAGGCUAGAUCAACUGCAGAAGAGUUCAUGAGAGUGGCCAAGGAGAAGACUGACGAGGUCACCGAGGGCGCAAAGGAAACAUUGCACGAGACGAAGGAAGCAGUGGUCGGGGAGUCGGAUGACGAGAAGGAGAAGUUCAAAAGGAGGGUUGAGGAGGGGAGGUGCAAUCAUCAGAAAUGAAGUGGCAUGUGUUCUCUUGUUAAGUUACAGGGCCUGUAGUUUAUGGAAAUGCUAAUCUUUGCAUCUAGACACAUCUAGGUGUGUUACCCUCUUUUCACCUUCAAUAAUGUGAUCUUGAGUACUACAAAUGUUAUCUCCUGUAGAAUAAAUAAGAUUUGGGUUUUGUGCUCCGAUGA